UUUUCGGUAAGAGUUUCUGGAAUAAUGAAACCUGCUGCAGAGUUACUGUUACUGUUGAUUAAUUUCCCAGAAUAGCACCUCCUUAAAGUGUUUUAUUCGUCUUGUACUACAGUAAAUCACCCACAUGAACCAUUUACUAAUGAAUGGCACAUCAUAGUUUUUAAUCCAUUUAUAGUUACUUAUAAUGGUACUUAUUGUAAUUUGUAGUUGUUUUGGAAUAUCUACAGAACAAAUUCCUUUUGUCAUCUGCAUUAGUGCUGCUAUAAAUGACUGUUCCUUUAGCAGCUUGAAGUUAAUAACAGAGUUUGUGAUGCUGCCCAGAAGCGGAAAGUGCAAAGUCCCUGUGAAUGUUAUUCAAAUGAUGUAUUAAACAGAGUACACAGAUAUAAACCUGAGAGUUGAAUUACAGUCAGAAUUACUGUUAUUGCUGCUGUUGCAGAAACCUAAUCUACACGGUCUGACUAACAAGACGCUGUGUUUUAAAGUUGUUCAUUCAUGAUCACAAGUAUCAAAAAUAAGCAAAUCGUGUAUUUUUGAAUAAUUAUAGUGAUGAUGAAAAAUAAAUAUUGCUUUCAAAAUGGUUACAUUAUGUAUCUAUGGUAAUAUAAAUAUUCUGUAGUACCUUACAUGCCAUCCCCUUUUAUUUAUAACUGCUUCCAAAUUCCUUCAUAUCUUCUGAACAGCUUUUUGGAUCUUCUCGAUUCACUGAUCUUCACCCUCUUCAAAAUUAAGGCUCCAAUUAGAACCAACAAGUGAUUUUAUAGCAUUCAACAAAUGUUUAAAUCCAUGUUAAACAGCUGGGGUCAGUAGGUGUGUACCAGGAUUGCGUGAGGGAUAGCUUUAGUUUGGGGUAAUGCUUUUCUUCAAGUGUAAUGAAGUUUCUUCUUAUGUAGCAUUGUACACCAGUGUGCCCCAAACCCUGCGGUCGGGACUAUGCAUUUGACGGAAUUUUUUUUUUCUCCUAAAAUUAAAGGAGUUGGUAAUUAGUUGAAAAGCAGAAAGUCUGUUGUGAGCACGGAAAACUCUCUAAUGUAGAGCACAGGACUAGAAAACCCUGAUAUGUCUAUCGACGCGCGCACAGUCCGUUCCGACGCGCUCCAUAACGGGAUUUCUGCGCCAUUCUGAGCUGAGCGCGUGUCACUGCGCAGGGCCGGAGAGGAAAAACAGGCGAGGAAGCAGAACGGGCAGGAAUACGAUGAUCGCGGACAUUCGCAAAGCGAACUCCGUGGCCAGCUGUGUUCGAGCCGAAGCGGCGAUCUACCCAGACUCCCCCGUGUCCUCGGCACCGGAGAACGGUCAGCUUCUCCUCCGCAGCGGCGCGUGCACGAGGGGCACGAGCACGAGCGCAUCCAGCGCCAACGCGGACCGAGGCAGCACGGACAGCGCCUCCGCGGCGGCUCGCGCCAUGACCUCUGGGUGCGAAUUCCCGCCGUCUGCGCCGCCCUUCGUCCCGCGUUCCUCCAAGAACCUCUUCUACAAGGUGCUGUGUUUCGCCUUGCUCGUUCUGCAGGGCGGUAUCCUGGACUUCUACCUCAUAGCGUUCACCGACCUGUACUGGUGCUCGUGGAUAGCCACGGACCUUGUGGUGGUCUCCGGCUGGGCCAUCUUCUUCGUCCGCAACGCCAGGAGCAAGCGCGAGCGAGCGUGCGGCUUCCGCCAAAAGAGCUCGCUCUUCGGAUGUCACCUGGGCGAGUUCGCGUUCGCGCACCUCGCGUGGCUCGUCUACGUGAUCGCGUGCGCGCCGAAGGUGGCGCUCGUGCUGCAGACGUCCAUCCUGGAGCUGGUGUCGCGCGAGGUGCCGUUGGGCGCAGCCGGCUUUGAGGCCACCGCGCUGCUCGCCGCGCCGCUGCUCUUCUGCCUCAUUAACUCAUUGGUGGAGGAUCCGCACGGCGCGCCGCGCUACCACUCGCAGAGCUGCUUCGUGAGCACGUGCGUGGACGUGCUGGACAGCUUCACGCUCGUAGAUUUGCUUCUUGUGCAAAACGAGAUCCCCAACAACGCGUACCUCAAGUACGGCGUGAUGGCGGCGUACUUCGUGGCGCUGGCCGUGCCGGUGCUCUGGCUCUACGAGCUUUCCGCCGCCUCGCGGAUGCGCUGCCGCUGGAUGUGCGCGCGGUUCCUGAGCGGCGUGCUGCUCGACGCGCCUCUGCUCGCCGUCAGAUGCUUGCUCGUGUUCCUCUACGACAUGCCCGUGUCACUUUUUAUGUUCAAGAACGUCUUUUUCUUGGCGUGCAAGUGCCUGGAGUUAGUGGAGCAGUGCGCCAGCCUGAGGAGUGUGCGCAGAAUGGCGCGCGGAGGAGACCCGGCCCAGUUCUCCCACUGCGUCUCGGAGAACGACAUGUGCCCACGCGGCUACGUUAACACACUGGCUGUUAACACUCAGCCCUAGAUGCUGCUGCUGCUGCUGCUGCUGCCGAAAUUAAACUGGGACGCGCAUUUACAGUAUAUUCCCAAGAACUCACCAUAUAACCAGCCUUAUGAAACGCCGUCGCAAGACCAACAUCCUCAACAGGUGCUACAACCAAACAAAUCGACGUGCCAGAAUCUCAGAUGGCCGCUACUCCUGAUGUGGUAUACGUGUUUCACGUGGGGCGUGAAAUAAAGGCUUUUCCACAUCCUAUACAACAUAUUAUACACAAUGCGUCAUAUAGGCUAGAUACACACCAGGGUUUGUCUGCAGGUCACAGAAGGCGUGUAUCUGAGUCCAUUUUUGAAAUGUGAGUAGUUGUGAGUGGGCGUGGCUUUA